CUUCUUUCUAUUAUUCACAAAGCUCAAUUAUAGUAAAUAAUAGUAAUGUCUUUCCGCCCCAAUUCUUCCCACAGCCGUCCCAAUUCUCCUCAUGGUAGACCAGGCUCGCCUCGUCCAUUUUCACCUGGACAGCAUACCAAAGUUGAAGAAGAACUUCAUUUGGCUGGUAUUGACUAUGACAAGGUCACUAUCAAACACAAUCCAUCCGUACCAGUCUUGUAUGAAGAAGCCUUGACUCACGAACUUGGUACUGUCAUCUCGUCUGCAGGUGCUCUCUGCUCUUAUUCAGGUAAAAAGACCGGCCGUAGUCCUCAUGACAAGCGUAUUGUCGAAGAAUCCGGAUCAAGCAAAGACAUUUGGUGGGGUCCUGUCAAUACAAAGAUGAGUGAACAGGUGUUCUUGAUCAAUCGUGAACGCGCCGUCGAUUAUCUCAAUACCCAUCCUCGGCUGUACGUAUUUGAUGGCUAUGCUGGCUGGGACCCAAAGUACCGUAAGAAGGUGCGCGUGAUUGCGUCGCGCGCUUAUCACAUCCUGUUCAUGCACAACAUGCUCAUUCGUCCUACCGAAGAAGAGCUUGAGAACUUUGGAACUCCAGCCUUUACGAUCUUUAACGCCGGAGAGUUUCCAGCCAACAGAUACACUACCGGAAUGACUUCAACCACAUCAGUCUCAAUCAACUUUAAGCGUGCAGAGAUGGUUAUUCUUGGUACAGAGUAUGCAGGAGAGAUGAAAAAAGGCAUCUUUACGGUCAUGCAUUACUUGAUGCCCAAGGCCGGCGUACUCUCUCUCCACUCAUCUGCAAACGAAGGUCCAGAUGGCGAUGUGUCGGUAUUCUUUGGAUUGUCGGGCACAGGAAAAACCACCCUCAGUGCUGAUCCCAAACGCCACUUGAUCGGAGAUGACGAGCACUGCUGGAGUGACACUGGUAUCUUCAACAUUGAGGGUGGCUGCUACGCCAAGUGUAUCGAUCUCUCUGGUGAAAAGGAGCCCGAGAUCUUUAAUGCCAUUCGAUUUGGAUCAGUGCUGGAAAACGUGGUCUUGAAUGAAGAAUCGCGAGUGGUGGAUUAUGCAGAUGAUUAUCUGACUGAAAACACUCGCUGUGCCUACCCAAUCAACUUUAUUCCAAACGCAAAGAUACCUUGCAUGGGUGGCCACCCAAAGAACUUGAUUCUGUUGACUUGCGAUGCAUUCGGUGUACUUCCCCCGGUAUCGAAAUUGACACCUAGCCAGGUGAUGUACCAUUUCAUUUCCGGCUACACAACCAAGGUUGCCGGCACCGAAGAUGGAAUUGUGGAACCGACCCCAACCUUCUCGGCCUGUUUUGGAGCCCCAUUCUUGGUCCUACAUCCUCAAAAGUAUGCAACCAUGCUAGCCCAAAAGAUGAGCGAGCAUGCGUCCGAUGCCUGGUUGAUCAACACUGGUUGGGUCGGUGGUUCUGCAUCCGAUGCCAAGCGCUGUCCACUCAAGUACACACGUGCCAUUCUUGACGCCAUUCACAGCGGCGAGCUUGCCAAGAGUAAGUUUGAGAACUUUGAGGUGUUUGGACUCUCGAUUCCCACACACGUCCAAGGCGUACCCGACGAACUACUCCACCCCCGUAAAGCUUGGCAAGGAACCCCACAGACAUUUGAAGAGUCGAUCAACAAGGUGGCUGGGAUGUUCAAAGAGAACUUUAAGACAUUCCAGGAUGAGGCCAGUCCAGAAACAUGUGCUGCUGGACCUGUUUAAAGUGAAUAACAUAAAAAAGAAAAAAGAAAAGAAAUUAAAACAUUAAAAUCAAAAUCAAAAUCAAAAUCAAAAUCAAAAAAAAAAAAAAAAUUCUUGCACUUUGUAACAUCUUGGAUCUAAAGAAGUGUCCUUCUUCUUCUUCUUCUUCUUAUUUUAUUGCUUCACAAAUCAUUCUUUAUUUAUUCAUUUGUUUUGCUAUCAAUGUAUAUGUGUAUGUGUAUGUAUAUAUAUAUAUAUAAAAGAAUGAAAAAUAAACUAAAGGAAAAGGGAAUUUCAAUUUGCUU